AUGUUACGAAUAUUAGUAAUUAUUCUUCUGAUAGCAUUUAAUCAAAUUGAAAGUGUUACUAUUGAAUACCCAUCGAAUGGACAUAUUAAAGAACGAAUACGAGAAGAUAUUAAUUCAAUAGAUAAAAUAUUUCGAUAUUAUAUUGUUCCACGAGAAAUUCAAUUUCAUGCUGAUGCUUUACAAGAUCGUUUACCGUAUUUUUUACAAUGCAAAGGAACAAAAAACUCAGUGAAGUUUACUGUUCCACCAGCAGCGACUGAUCAUUUGGCAUUAAAUACAGAGUAUUCUUCUAAUACAAUUACUGCUACAUUAAGAAGAAAUCAAUUUCGUCCUGAACUUGUAGGACGUUAUACAUGUUCAGAAACAAUUAAUGAUAAAAUAGUAGAAACAUCUGUUUAUGUAUUCAUUCAAGAUGGAACUACUGUAUUUACUAAAAGACUUUAUCCUAAAGUUUUACAACAAACAGGUGUUCAUUUUUUUAAUUUACCAUGUCAAACAACAAGUUGGUAUCCACGAAUGUCAUGUCCAACACCAACUGAUCCAAGUCAAUGUAAAAUACUUGAAUGUAAUUCAAAACAACGUCAAGUAAAUGAACUUAAAUGUAAUAUACCUGUAUGUACUGGCCAAGAGAUAUGUAUUCCUGUUUAUUAUACACCAGCGGAUUUGAAGCCUUCGAAAGUUUUUUUUGAUCCUCAAAUUGGUUUUGCAUUAGAAAAUCCAACUAUUCCAAAUUCACUUAUUCAAUUUACUUGUAUGAGUAAUUAUACUCCAAGUCAAAUAUCACGAAUUCCAUUCGAUACAUUCGAUCCUGAUCAUAUUGAAAUUCAUCAACCAAGUUUAAAUGUUAUGCCUGAUGAAACUGUAAGAUUAAGUUGUGAAAUUCAAUAUGGAUCAAAAAUGAAUAGCAAAAAUCCUAGUAUUUUCUGGUUUGAUGAUAUUUAUGAUCUUAAUCUUGUAGCAAAUGAAACUGAAAAAGCUGUUUUUAAUCCUCUUACACAAGUUUACAGUCGAAAUAGUUCAAUAACUCUUCGUGGUUUUAAAUCAGAUAAAGUUUAUCGUUUUUAUUGUGUACGCGUAUCUGAACAAGGAAUUUAUUCACGUUCUGUUGAGAUAACAUGUGUUAGUGUGCCAUCACUUGAUCUUGAAAUAAGUUCAAAUGGAUUAGAUACUGAUAAAUCAGUAUCCUAUGGGUCAGAUAGUAGUUAUGAUAUAACUAUUUUUACUAUUCCACGAUCAAAAAUUGUACUGGAAAUAACACGUAAUGGAGUGCCAUUAACAAAUGAUAAACGAUUUGAAUUAUUACCUGUAACUGAUCGUGAAAAUCAAUUUUAUGAUUAUACAUUAACAAUUUAUAAUGUUACAUUUGAAGAUGAAACAGAUAUAAAAAUUCAUGCUAAAUCAUCUGCAUUAGAAAAAAGUAAAAUAAUUAAACCAAGUGUUACGGGUAAUCCAGUUGGUCAAUUUUCAUUUGUACCAAAUGAAAUUCCACGUGAUAUACCUUGGCGUGAUGAUAAUUAUAAAACUAAAUUAAAUCUAUAUACUUAUGGUAUAUAUCAGCGUGAAUCAUAUCGUGUUGUUUGUACAGUUCGUCAUCGAUCUGAUAUAGAACGAUCAUUAAAUGUAUUUAUUCAACAUAGUGUAUGUACAGUAGAUAAUUGUUUAUCAGAUAUAAUCGAUAGAACUUGUCAAUCAUCGACAAAUCAACGAUUACCAACAACAAAAGCAACUCGUAUAAAUAAUUUUCAAACACAAUUUGUUAGUAUUGAAUCACAAACUAUUAAUGAUCCAUCAAUGGGUCAUCAAUAUAUUUGUUGUUAUGAACAAAAUGGUAUAUUUAUACUUGCUAAAGCUUUAACAGUAUUAGCACGUAAUCGUAAUAUGUUUAUUGUACAUAAACCGGAAUUUAGUUUAGUUACGGGUGACGUAUUAAAAUAUAGAUGUGAAAGUCAUGAUUUAGUUUAUGAUGAUGUUCGUAUGAUUUAUAAUGAUGGUUUAUUCACUUAUGAAAGAAAUCGUUUUGAUCCUGAAUGGCGUUUAAUUGGAACUAAUCAAGCUAAACAAGUUGAUAUUGAAUGGUCAUCACCAACAAGUGAAUACAUUCUUGAUACAGCUGUUGAACUUAAAACACCACCAUUAAGAAAAAUUGGAAAAAAUGGAUUUUUUCAAUGUACAGCAAUUUCGAAACGAUCAGAUGUUAUUCCAAGUAUGAAUGAUACAUAUAUGAUUAAUGUAGAUGAUCCCGUACAAUUACAAUUUAAAACCAAUUUACCAGCAGUUUCUAAAAUUGAUCGAAAAUCGGGUACAAAUGUUGAUUUUGAUUGUUCAUAUGAUGGACGACCACAACCGAAAAUAGUCUGGUGGAAAGGAAAAGUACCAUUGAUUAGUGAUGAUUCAACAUUACAAUUUCGUGAUAAUAAUGGAAGUAUUCAUAUAACACGUGCUCAAGCAUCCGAUACAGGUUAUUAUACAUGUGAAUUAACCAAUGGUCGUGAUCCAAAUUUAAGUCGAAGUUUUGAUUUACGUGUCAAAGGUCCAUCUGUUUCUACAAGAUAUCGUCGAUUAACAAAUAUAUUUAUAAUAAUAUCUGCUUGUUUAAUAUUACUUCUACUUGUUUUAUUAAUUAUUGUUGUAAUAAAAUAUAUUAAAAUGAAACAACUUGUUGGAAAAAGUGUAUUUCAUGCUGAACAAUCAAAUGAACCAGAAGAUAAAUCUCAACCACCAAUGACACAAUUAACACGUAUACCAUUACCAGAUAAUUUUGCAUCAACAGCACAAGUUCGUACAUUACUUGGUCUUGUUAAUAAUGAAACAUCACGAGGAGUAAAAGAUGAUUUUAAAGAACUUGGUCAUGGUCAAUUUGGUGUUGUCUAUCAAGUACGUUUACCUGAAGUUGGUCUUGUUGCUGCUAAAUUAUUACCAGAAUCUAUACGUAAUACUACUGAACGUCGUCAUGAUAAACGUAAAAAAAGUGAUGAUUUUGAAGAAAGUCUAGAAAUGUUAGAAAAAAAAGAAAUUCAAAAGAAAAAAGCUGCAGAAAUGUUGAUUGAUGAAAUAAAGGUUAUGCAUAAAGCUGGUAAACAUAUUAAUAUUGUAUCAUUACUCAAAGUUGCAUAUCCUGAAACAAAAUUUAAAUAUUUAAUCACUGGUGGUCUUAUACGUGAUGAAGAUUCAUUUUAUUUAAUGGAAUUAUGUUCAAAUGGUUCACUUGAAUCAAUGUUAAAACGUUUUCUUCAACCAUCAAAAAAUUCAUCACACGAUAAAUUAUCAUUAUAUGAAACACUUGCUAAACAAAAUGAUCCAGGAAUGACACUUGAACAAGCACAUGAAUCAUGUAUAUUAACUGAUGAUGAUUUAAAAUUAGCUGCAUAUCAAGUUGCUAGUGGUGUAGAUUAUUUAAAUAGACGACAAAUAGCACAUUGUGAUAUUGCAGCAAGAAAUGUUUUAGUUAGUUCAAGAUUUAUUAUGAAAAUAUGCGAUUUUGGUUUGGCAACAUAUACAACAUAUAAAAGUUAUCGUGAACAACUUGCUCAACAUGAGACUGUACAACUUGAAAAGAAAAAUAAUGAAUUAGCAACACAUAAUUUAACACCAGAACUUGCUAGAGCAUUUCUACGUGCAUCAACUCCUGAUGAACGUCUUUUACUUAAUAAAUCAUCACUUAAAUCUGAUGUAUGGUCAUUUGGAAUAUUUCUUUGGACAUUAUUUCUUAAAUGUCAAAUUCGACCAUUUAAUAAAUUACUCGAAGAAAUGCAAAAUAAAAAUGAUGGUGAAAGCUUUUUUCAUCGACUUGCUCGUGUUGUUAGUGAAGGUCGUGUUCUUAAAUAUAUUGAUUAUCAAAAAGAAAUUCCUGGCAAUAUUUAUGCUAUUAUUCGUGAUUGUCUUGUUGAAGAGAAUGAUCGUCCAGAAAUGACACGAAUACGUGCACUAUUAUGCCAUUCAAAAAUGUUAUCAAAACAAGCAUUUGAAUAUUAUCGAUCGGAAUAUAAUCGUUAUCAAGAAGAGAAUGCUGCUGAUGAAAAUGUUCUUCGAUUUGGUGAAGAUCAAGGUGUUAGUGAUUUACCAUCAUUUAAUGCUGAUAAUAAUUCUGAUGAAAAUUAUAUAUCAGCAAAUGUUCGUCAAAAUAAUAAGGAUGUUACUUUUCGUCCACCAGCAAAUGAUUAUUAUGCAACGGCAAGUGAUGGUACAUCUCAUACAUAUUUAUCUCAAUCAGAUAAAGAUUAUCCUGAACAAAGAGAUGAUUCAUAUUUAAUACCAGUAAAAGAUAAUAAUACAAAUAAACAACAACAACCACGAACAAUUGUUGGGAAUGUAUCGAGUGUACAAAAUCCAUUAUUAAAACCUACGAAUGAAUCAAAUAUUCCUCGAGUUGGUAUAAAAACUCGUGCACCAUUAAAACCAUCGGCAUCACCUCCAUCAACAAAACGUGAUGAUUCAGGUGAUAGUUAUGUAUAG